GUCUUUGGUUAGAGAGCCUCCCCCUCUGGAGUUUGAUCCCUCCCGCGCCAGACUGAGUCCAGUGUUGAAGAUGGCUCAACAAAACUUCCCAAAAAGUCUCUCAGUCUCCUCAAAGCUGAUGAGCUGUUGACUCUGCAGCCUGUUGCCACUGCUAAAACUCAAAUGCAUCGCAUCCUGCAAACUGGAAGAUUUCUGUUAAGAAGCCAAACAGCCUGGCACAAGUGUUCGAGUGUUGCUAAUAUGAUGCAGGCGGUGUGUGUUGACGUACCUGGAGGUCCAGAGAGUUUGUUACUGCGAAGUGUCUGCAGACCUCAACCUAAAGAUGGAGAAGUCCUGAUCAAAGUUCACGCAGCUGCUCUCAACAGGGCAGAUUUACUACAGAGACGAGGCCUUUACCCGCCUCCCCCAGGUGAGAGUGACAUCAUGGGCCUGGAGGUCGCCGGCACUGUGGAUUCUCUGGGUCCACGAGUGAAAAUGGCCUGGAAACCAGACGACCGGGUCAUGGCUCUGCUCUGUGGAGGAGGAUAUGCAGAAUACGUUUCUGUCCCUGAAGAGCUUCUCAUGUCUGUUCCCUCUAAUCUGACCCUCGGCCAGGCUGCUGCCAUCCCAGAGGCCUGGCUCACCGCGUUUCAGCUGCUGGUUUUUAUAGCCCAGGUGAAGGAGGGUGAGGUGGUUCUGGUUCAUGCUGGAGGCAGUGGAGUCGGAACCGCCGCCGUCCAGCUGGUUCGUCUGUUUGGUGCCGUUCCAGUCGUCACUGCAGGGAGCGAAGAGAAACUGAAGAUGGCCGAGAACCUGGGCGCAGCAGCUGGAUUCAACUACAGAGAGGAGAGUUUUGCAAAAGGAGUUCAGGACUUCACAGGAGGUAAGGGGGCGAACGUCAUCCUGGACUGCAUCGGUGGCUGCAACUGGGAGCAGAAUGUGAGCUGUUUAGCUGUGGACGGUCGCUGGGUUCUGUACGGUACGAUGGGAGGCCGAACCGUGGAGGGAGACCUGCUGGGUAAACUGCUCUCCAAACGAGGCCACUUGCUCAGCAGCCUCCUUCGAUCUCGCAGCCUACAGUACAAAGCGGACCUGGUAAAGGCGUUUUCACACAGAGUUUUACCACAUUUCUCAGAUCAGUCGGCUUCCUUGAGGCCAGUGAUCGACAGCAGCUUCAGCCUGGAGGAUGUCGCAGAGGCUCAUCGACACAUGGAGGCAAACAGAAACAUGGGAAAGAUUAUUAUUAAUGUGGUUCCACCGAACAGGGAACUCAGUGAUUAAAACCUGCAGUAAAAUGCAAUGAACAGUAUGUUUUAUGAAUGUUACAACACAGUUACACAUGAAAUCUGUCAUGUAGAUAUGCAUUAUCCACCAAUAAAAUGGUUUAAAUACAA